AUGUCCAAGGCCGUGCUGGAACUGAACUCGCUGGAGCGUCUCGAGGAGAUGGUCAGUCGCUCCCAGCCGUUUGUCGUGAGAUCCGAGAAGACGCUCAUGGCAUGGCCUGCAUGUCGGAAGUGGGUGGGGGGUGAUGGUACCUUGUACCUCACUGAACGAUGUGGUGAGGUGGUAGUGGACGUAGCUGUGUCAGACGAUCUUAAGUUCUCGGGAGACGUUCGACAUGCUCAGACCGUCUCGAUCCCUUUCAAAUCCUUCUUGGAGCAUGAGGGCGACCCCAACGUCUACCUAGCGCAAUGCCCGCUGUCUUCCUCCAGCGCAGACGCUCCUUCCGGGCUGGCGGCGUUGCUGGGUGACAUCAAGGUUCCCGCGAGCCUCGGAGGAGAGUGCGGUCGACUAUGCUCCAUCAACCUCUGGAUGAAUCGUUCAAGGCCCGUGCGGUCGACCCUCCACUACGAUGCACACAACAAUCUGCUGUGCUGCCUGAGCGGGACCAAGGAGGUCACGCUUCUUCCUCCCGAUCAUCAGCUCUGCAUGGGGACCCUGCACUCCGUGUACGUGACAGGCUGCAACCACUCGACGGUAUUGCUGGACGACGAGACGUGGCAGGAGAUGAUAGCAGAGGGGAACUACAUGAAGGCGAGGAUCGGAGCAGGGGACUGCCUGUUCCUCCCUGAGGGAUGGAUGCAUCAGGUGGGGGUUGCGCUUCCAUUCGAGGGGAUGAGGAUGUGA